AUGGCUUAUGCUAAGGUCUCUCUUUUGCCUCUCUUUCUGCUUGCCACAUUAGUUUUAAUGUUUUCGAUAAGGAAGAUAGAGGCAGAUACUUGCAAUGCGUAUUGUGAGCUCGAAGGGCUAAAAUGUGGUGGAGAUUGUGAGUGCGUUCCCAUUAGAAUCCCAUACCCUUGUAUCCCUCCGCACGUUGCUAGUAAGAUAGUGGAUCAACAUCCUCACAUAUGUGAGUCUCAUGAGGACUGCACAAGAAAGGGAAGUGGAAGCUUUUGUGGAAUCUAUCCAGUUUCAGAUAUGAAAUAUGGCUGGUGUUUUGAUUCUAAGUCUGAUGCUGAAGCCUCAUUCAAAAAUAUCCUUAGCUCUAAAUUUUCAAACUUGUUGAAGAUGCCCUCAGCAGUUUCCACAUAA